AGGUAAAGGACCAGACGAGGAUUUCGCUUGAUCAAAACAGCGGAGGAGCUUUUGUUCUUCUUUUAUACAAAACACAGCAACAUGCCCAAAGUAAAGAGGAGUCGGAAGCCGCCUCCAGACGGCUGGGAGCUCAUUGAGCCCACUUUGGACGAGCUGGAUCAGAAAAUGAGAGAAGCUGAAACAGAGCCUCACGAGGGGAAGCGAAAGGUGGAAUCCCUCUGGCCAAUUUUCCGACUGCACCAUCAGCGGAGUCGAUACAUCUAUGACCUCUUCUACAAAAGGAAAGCCAUCAGCAGAGAGCUGUAUGAGUACUGUAUAAAGGAGGGCUAUGCAGACAAGAACCUGAUCGCCAAGUGGAAGAAACAGGGCUACGAGAACCUGUGCUGCCUGCGUUGCAUCCAAACACGAGACACCAACUUUGGAACCAACUGCAUCUGCAGAGUCCCCAAGAGCAAGCUGGAAGUCGGACGGAUCAUUGAAUGCACCCACUGUGGAUGCAGAGGAUGCUCUGGCUGAGAGCAAUUUUUGGACAUCCUUUUACUGUUGGACAUCGGGGCUCACCCGGCCUCCCGACUGUGUACUAUCACAACCUUUUAAAGCAUUUCAGUCACUGGUUUCUUCCCAAUCAUCUUCAACUGCCUUUAUAGAGAGCAGUAUUAAGUACUGUUCUACUUUUCAACACAAGGGGGGUGCAGGGAUAAUACAUCGAGAGGGUCCAUGUUGUACUAAUUACAUUUGUUUUGUCUUUUUUUUUCUAUAAACCCGUGUGAAGCCCUAUUUUCUGAAAAAGUCAAUUAAAGAUGUUUAGGUUAGUUGUUUCUGGAUCAGGCUCGUCAUUCAAGCUGUGAAGGAGUACUGGGAGGGAAAGUUGUUUUCUUUGUACAAAACUGAAAAUGUCAUUGCUUCAAACCUGGAAACUUUUCUUCAUUGUUGUAUGAUUUUAAAUAAAACAAUUCAGAUUUA